AUGGGAGGCAUCCCGUCACGCCGGUCGCGGACACCGCUGCAUGAGGCAUGUGCACGUGGAGACGUCCGGCGAGUGGCUCGGAUGUUGGAGGGCGAUAGGGAGUUUGUCGCCAUGGACGUCAAUGAGCGGGCACCGCCCGACGGCGCGUCACCGCUGCAUGUGGCUGCAGCUGGCGAUCAUGGUGAGGUCAUCACGUACUUGCUGGAGAAGACAUCGGCGAACCCGUAUCAGGUCCGAAACGACAAUGCGUCGCCGCUGCGUGUGGCGGUGAUGGGCGGACGGUGUGCGGCGGCGCAGGCUCUGUUGGCGGGCAUGGGCCACGCCAAUCUAGCUGCUAAUCUCCGCUCGGUUGGCGAAAAGGUGGGCGAGCUCUUCUCCCUCGCUGCCGCCUCGGGCAACGUCGGCAUGCUAGCGAUCCUUGGCAAGCACCUCGAGUUCGACAUCGACGCGCGGGUUCAUGACUGCGGUGGGCGGGUGCUCCACGCCGCGGUGUGGUGCGGGCAUGUGAGCGCAACAGAGCACUUGCUGAACAAGCUAGCGGCGUCGCCCAAGGUUGUCAACGACCGCGAAUGGACGCCGCUGCAUGUCACUGCGCUGCGAAGCCAUGCGAAAGUGGCCAAGGUCAUCGUUGGCCACUCGGCCGCCGACAUCAACGCGCAAAGCAAGAGCGGGCGCACCCCGCUGCAUCUCGCGGCGCGGACCGGCGCACUGGCGGUCGCCGAAGUGCUCAUCGCCAGCGGUGCUGCCCUCGAUGCCCGCUCACACGACGGGUUCACCCCGCUCCAUCACGCCGUCAAGGAGAAUAACCUUGAUGUGGCGUCUGCGCUUCUUGCCGCCGGCGCCCGCGUCGACACCCGUGCUGUUGCCGGCACCUCCCCGCUCCACACUGCAGCCCUGCUUGGGAAUCUCGAUGCGGUGCGCGCGCUUCUGGCUGCCGGCGCGCCAGUUGACGCGCUGACGACCGCCACCGACUCGACGCCGCUCUCUCUAGCUGCCGCCCGCGGCCGCACCCGGGUCGUCUCCGCGCUUGUUGCGGCCGGUGCCGAUGUCAACGCGCCGCCGCAAUCUCCGCCGCUCACAGGCGCCGCCAAGGCCGGCCACCUUGGCAUCGUCCGCGAGUUGCUCAAAGCUGGCGCUCGUCAAUGUGACGGCACCUUUGACCGCUUGUCCGGCGACGCGCCCAGCGCCGUCGAAGCCGCGGCCCGCUCGGGGCACACCGAAGUGGUGGCGCUCCUUGUCAAGAGCGGUGCCGAUCCUGAGCGCAUUGCCGCAGCGCUGCAUCUAGCAGCUGAGGGUGGCCAUCUCGAGACUGUCCGAGUGCUUGUCGAACUCUCACCAGCUGCGGUGGCUGCCACGGAUGACGCCGGCCACACCGCGUUUGAGCUUGCCGCCCGCCGCGGGCGGGUCGACGUCGCCCGCUUCCUCGCCCGUGUCGGUAACAUCGGCCCCGAUGUCCUAGCGUCGGCGCUGCAUCUGGCAGCCACUGGAGAACACGUGCCUGUCAUGCGGGUUUUGGUCGAUGACCUCUGUGCGCCGCUCGAUGCAACACACGGAAGCUAUGCAUCGCCCGUUCUCGUCACAGCCGCGCAGUGGGCGUCGACCGCCGCACCCGUGGCGGUCCUCAUCGACGCUGGUGCGCCGAUCAACGCCGCCACAACUGCCGGGUACACCGCGCUUCACACUGCCAUUGUCCGUGGCAAAGCCGACAUUGUAGCUGUCCUCCUCGCUGCCGGUGCCGCUGCCCACACCCUCUCGCCUGCCGCCGUCUCGCCGCUCGCUGUCGCCGCCGCCCAUGCACCCACUGAGGUCAUGGCCGUCCUCGAGCCUGCACUGCAGUCACUCGGCACCGCGGCAGCCACCGAUCUCCUCCAUCGCGCCGCAGCGGCAGACAACGUCGCUGCCCUCAGCUUUAUGCUCCGCGGCCUGGGAUGGCCGCUCACCGGGCGCGAUGCCUCGGGCCGCACCCUCCUCCAUGCCGCGCGCAGCUCGCCCGGCGCCGUGGCAGAGCUCCUCUCAACAGAAGCAGCCGCCUGCUGCGACCUUGUUGCUGCCCCCGACACCCGCGGCGACACCCCGCUCCACGCCGCCGUCGCAUCGCGGAACGCGUCGGUGGUAGAGCUUCUCCUUACGGCGGCCUGUCCCGCCGCUGUCGACUAUGCCAAUGCCAGCUCGGAGACACCGCUCAUGCUCGCUGCAAGUCGCACAUGGUUCGACGGUGUCGUCGCCCUCCUCGCCGCUCAGGCCACCGUCAGCCUGGUUGACAGUCGCGGCCAAAAUGCCGCCCACCGAGCAUGCGCUCCGCCUGCAGCCGCUGCUCCUGGCGAUGCUGCACGAGUCUUGGAGUGCAUCCUCGCCGCCUCACCGCCGUCGCUGGUAGUUGCGGCCGACGAGCGCGGCGCGCAUCCGCUCCAUCUCGCCGCAAGCCACGUGCGCGACGUGAUGGCGACUACGCUUGUUGCGGUACUUAUCGACGCUGGCGCUGACGUCGACGCCAUCAACAACGAUAGCGCAUCGCCGCUCAGUCUCGCAGUCAAGGCCGGUAACACCGCUGCGGCGUGCGCCCUCAUCGCCGCCGGCGCCGAGGUCAACGUCACUAUUGCCGGCGACCAAACGCCAAUCAUCAUGUGCGGGCGCAGCGAGGUGGCGUAUGCAGCGGCGCAGCGGCCAACGCUUGAUGUCUCGCGUGGCGUCGGCGGCUGCACUCUUCUCCACACCGAUCUCGAGAGCAUGCCCGAGCUGCUGGACGCACUCCUGCUCCAUACACCCGACCUCUGGCUUGGCGAUGUGGCGCACGAGUCCGGCAUGACGCCGCUGAUGGCUGCUGCCGCCCGGGCUUGCCCCUCGAGCGACCUCACGUACCUCCGCUGGCUCGUCCUUGCGGUGCCUUCGCUCAGCCCAGCCGAGCUCCGGGCCUCACUUGGCGUUGGGCCCCACCAUGUCGACGUCCUCCUCACCGCAGCUCUUCGCGGCGACGUUGUCGGUGGCCUCUCACGCGGCCUCGCCCUCCCAUCACGUCCGCUGGCAUUUGCUCGCAUCGCGCCGAAUGCUCUGCAGCUUUAUCCUUGCAAUCAGGCUGGUGAUGGCAGCCAAGCUACUGCCUCCGCGCCGAUCGAAGACGACUCGCCGAACUGGGAGCUCCCGCUCGACCGCAUAGUUCGCGCCGAGGCUUCCGGUACCAGCCUCCACAUUCUUGCCACCGCCCCGGAGAACCCGGCGCGUGUUGAUCUGAUCGAGCUCGAGGCUCAGACGCCGAUCUCUGCUGCCCUCUGGGCCGGGCGUGUGGUCGGCUGUGCCCGCGCCGCUCGUCCGAGGGCAUGA